UCGCUCUGUUCACUUGUGUCACAUUUUUUAACCUCAAAACUUAUCAUCAUGUCUGGUCGCGGUAAAGGAGGCAAAGUAAAGGGAAAGUCAAAGACCCGUUCAAGCCGUGCAGGACUCCAGUUCCCAGUCGGUCGUAUCCACCGAAUGUUGCGUAAAGGAAAUUACGCAGAACGAGUUGGUGCUGGUGCUCCAGUCUACCUCGCAGCUGUAAUGGAAUAUUUGGCCGCUGAAGUUCUCGAGUUGGCAGGCAACGCUGCUCGUGAUAACAAGAAGACUCGUAUCAUCCCACGUCAUCUCCAAUUGGCCAUCCGUAACGACGAAGAGUUGAACAAACUUCUCUCAGGAGUCACCAUCGCUCAAGGUGGAGUCUUACCCAACAUCCAAGCUGUCUUGUUGCCCAAGAAAACCGAAAAAAGCAGCUCUUAAAUUGAUCAUCAAUUCAAAUAACAAAACAAAACGGCCCUUUUCAGGGCCACCAAAUUUUUUAAAACGAAAGAAUCUUGAAGUUUCAUCACCUUUACUAAUUAAUUAUCUACCCUUACAUUUAAAUGUGAUGUUAAUAUUUCUACCAAUUAAGUCACGAAUUAUCUUUGACUUGAAAUUUGAUACAAUUCCCCUCAAGUUUAUUUUAAUUAUCAGUUAAUUUGAAUUAA